AUGGACUUACCACUUCCUCAAUUUCAGAAAGGCUGGCAAAUCGUCAAGGGCGGUGUACCGAAGGACGUCCUCAAAUUCAGGGAUGAUCUGCCUGUGCCCAGCGAACUUCCAAAAGGACAUGUGCUUGUCAAGGUACUCACAGCGGCGCUCAAUCCCGUUGGGUACAAGUCGAUGUCGCUGCCUAGUUUCGUAGUCAAGCGACCACGGAUUGCAGAACACGACCUGGCAGGCGAAAUCGUCCUCGCAAACGAUACCGAGUUCAACGUAGGCAACGAGGUGUUCGGUCUAGUCCCCGCAGAAUUGUCGUUCAAGACCGGCUGGGGGUCGAUGCAAGAGUACGCGAUCGUCCCCGCCGAGGGCCUAGUUCUCAAGCCGUCCAAUAUCGAUUUCACCACUGCAGCCGGGAUCGGUCUAGCCGGUCAAACAGCAUACGAAGCGCUGAUCGAGAUCGGAAAGCUGGAGGAGGGGCAGAGGGUGUUCGUCAAUGGAGGGAGCAGUAGUGUCGGCACGUUCGCUAUACAGAUCGCGAAGGCUAAGGGGGCGCGAGUGGACUGUAGUGCGAGUGCAAACAACUUUGAUUAUGUGAAGAGCUUUGGUGUCGAGCAGGUAUUCGACUACCACGCCAAACCACUCGAGCAGCAGCUGAUCGAGGCGCACAUCUCCCCGCCUUACAACAUCAUUUUCGAUUGUGUGGACGCCACGGUGCCGCUAUUCGUCAACUCGGCAAAGUACCUCGCCCCGAACGGAGUGUACGUCUCUACGGGGCCGAACGUGCACGAUAUCUCCGGGCUGCCGAAGUUGCUCCACGCGGUGUUCAGGAUCUACUGGCCGAGACUGUUAGGCGGCGUUCCUAGGAGCUUCAAGAUGUUCCUCUUCAAAUCCGAGAAGUACAAACUGCAGUAUCUCGCCGACCUGGUGAGUGAGGGCAAGCUCAAGCCCCCCGUAGACUCGGUGUUCGCCUUCCCCGAUCUGCCAAAAGCGUACGAACGGAUCCUCUCCGGUCACGCGAAGGGUAAGAUCGUCGUCCAGCUGCUUUGA